UUACAUCUCGAACCAUUCCUCUUAUUGGGAGUGUUCAAUUGACCAGAUCAGCAUACUGAGCUCACUGCUUUGUUUAUCACAUUUCUUUUGAAGCAUUAUUUAGAAAUAUAAAUAUUAUUAUUAUUAGCUAUGGGUAUUUAAGCGAUUUGUUUUUGUUCACUAAAACUUCAAAAUUUUAAGCAGAAAAGAGUUUUGUGCAUAAAAUAUGGACGGAGAAGACGAAAGGGCUCCAGCCCCUCCAGUUAGGCAUGCUUCUCAAAAAAAUCCUAGUGAAUUUGUUCAAGCUGGUAGCAAACCGUUGCCCAUAGCACCAAUACAAGAUGAAAGAAAAAAAAAAGGUUUCAACAAAAUCUUCACACAAACCAUCAAAAAGAAGCCAGAAAUAUCAUUGCCAACACAAUUUUCACAUACUAUCCAUGUAGGGUUUGAUCCAGUAACUGGAGAUUUCACAGGCAUGCCUGAUUCAUGGGCAAAACUUCUUUCUGUCUCAAACAUAACACAACAAGAACAAAAGCAGAAUCCUCAAGCUGUGAUUGAUGUUUUAAAGUUUUAUGACUCUAGCACAAAAAAUCAAGUAGAUGACAAAUUUAUGAACUUUAAUAAAUCUGUUAGUCCAACGUUUGGUCCUAAAUCAGCAAGAAUUCCUGAAGAUGGUCCAUUGGAGGAUCGACCUAAGGUUAAUAAUGUGAAAGUGGACCAAGGAAAGGGGGAUGGUCCACCUGCACUGCCAACACGACCUGAGCAUACUAAAUCUAGGUUUAUAACAGCAGAUCAACUUGCAGGGUCAGGAGUUAAACCAUUAUCUCCAACUAACUCAGAAUCAGAUGCUUCAAAAGGUGUAAAGAGACGUAAAAUGACAGAUGAAGAAAUUAUGGCUAAGCUCAGGACCAUUGUUACUGUAGGUGAUCCUAAUAAAAAAUAUUCAAAAUUUGAGAAAAUUGGUCAAGGUGCUUCAGGUGUUGUGUUUACAGCAAUAGAAGUUGCUACCGGAAAUGAGGUGGCAAUUAAACAAAUGAAUCUGUCCCAACAGCCUAAAAAAGAGCUUAUCAUUAAUGAGAUUCUUGUUAUGAGAGAAAAUAAACACCCUAACAUUGUUAACUAUGUUGAUAGUUAUUUGGUUGGAGAUGAGUUGUGGGUUGUUAUGGAGUUCUUAGCUGGAGGAUCUUUAACAGAUGUUGUUACUGAAACAUGUAUGGAUGAAGGUCAGAUUGCUUCUGUUUCAAGAGAGUGCUUGCAAGCUUUAGACUUUUUACAUGGUAAUGGUGUCAUCCAUCGUGACAUUAAAAGUGAUAAUAUACUUCUUGGGCUUGAUGGUGGUAUCAAAUUAACUGAUUUUGGUUUCUGUGCCACAAUUACACCAGAGCAAUCCAAAAGAUCAACCAUGGUUGGAACACCUUAUUGGAUGGCUCCAGAAGUUGUCACGCGCAAGCAGUAUGGUCCAAAAGUUGAUAUUUGGAGUUUAGGCAUCAUGGCUAUUGAAAUGAUAGAAGGAGAGCCUCCUUAUCUUAAUGAAAAUCCUUUAAGAGCUUUAUAUUUAAUUGCUACAAAUGGAACACCUGAACUACAACAUCCAGAACGUUUAUCUCCUGUUUUUCGAGAUUUUCUUAACAAAACAUUGGAAAUGGAUGUUGAUAAACGACCUGCUGCUCGUGAACUGCUAAUGCAUCCCUUUUUGCGUCAAGCCAAACCAUUAGCAAGUCUUCAACCAUUAAUAAUGGCAGCGAAAGAAGCUUCAGCACGACAUGGAUAGUCUUUAUGUAGUAAUUCUUGGUUUACAUAGUAAUGCAGCAAGAAUCAAAGCAUAUACGAUCUUGUAAGUAGGAACGAAUAUACUGAUAGACAUUCUAAAAAUUAGAUUUCAGGCAAUUAAUUGCUACAAUAUGCAAGAUUCAUAAUAAUUUGUACAUACAUUCGUUUUUAUUGCAGACUUGAGUUCUUUUUUAACGCUUUGUAUACCUUCGCUGUUUUUAUAGUUCAUUAUAUUUUUCAUCAAUAAUAAAAGCACUUUUUUUACUUCU